GCUCCUCGCCGCUCGCCUACGGGGUCGUCGCCGAACGUCGACCCGGGUCUACGCGCCUAGUCGCCGCGACAUACCUACUGCUCCUCCUGCGGCAGCGCCGACAGCUGCGGUUCCCCCCGGCCCUGCCAAUCUCCCCGCAAAAGCGGCUACCCCCGUGCCCUCUUCAUCUACACCAGUCCCACCCCCACAACAAUACCAUCCACCUGUGGCCGCGUCCUCCCCAGCGCCGGGGCCCGUCAUGGCAGCAUCUCCUCCUAUGCCCGUCCAGAGCAUCAAGAAAGCUCAACUCAAGAAGAAGUCGGACGGAACGCAACCACCGCUUGUCCCUCGAGCUUCUGCUACCCCCGCGCCGAUAGCGCCCACAGCGUCCUCUGGCGCGCCUCUUCCGAUACCUGCGCAUCUCCACCCACACUAUCCUCAGCAGCAAGGCGGUCGCGCGACACCGAUGCCAGCGCAAGCUCCGUCCCCUCGCCCAACGUCUGUUGCUCAUGCAGGCAGCCCACCGGCGGCAUCGGAGCAAAGGCCACCGUCCGUUGUCCCGGCACCUCCCGCUGUUCAGCCUAUACAGGCAGUCCCCCAGGCACAACAAAACAUACAUAGACCCCCGCAACCUUCUCCAGCCCCAGUGAACCCCGCGCAUCAGCAAGUGCCUCAACAGCCAGGUAUGUCGGGCGCCUACCCACCCCAGAUAAGCGCAGCAUACAUGGCACAAAUCGCCGCGGGGAGAGGGCGCGGGAAACCUGCCACUCCGAAUGCACAGGGAGGACAGGCGAUGAACUACUAUCAGCACCAAAUGAUGCUCCAGCAGGCUCAGGCCCAAGCGCAUGCCGUGCAGCACCAACAGAGAAUGCAGCAGCAACAGCAGCAGCAACAGGCCACCGCCGCGCGAUCUCCCGCGAACCAAUCUCGUAGCCCCAUGCCUAACCCGCAGGCGCAAGCUGCCGCAGCGGCGGUGGCGGCGGCGCAACGCAACAGCCCCAUGGUACAGGCCGCUCAGCUUGGAACUCGGUCCCCGAUGCCCCCCGCUGCCCAGCCUCCGCAAAUGCAGCAGCCCCAGCAGCAGCAAGCCCCGUCCCAACACCCACAGCAUGCCGUGGCGGGCCAGCACCACCCGCAGCAGGUUAACGCCCAGGCGCAGGCGCAGGCAUUUGCGCAAUACAGAGCGAUGAUGCACCCGCAAAUGCAGCAGCACAUCGCUGCCGUCGCGGCGCAGGCACAAGCACAGGCCCAGGCCCAGGCUCACGCGCAGGGCGGGAUGCAGCAGUCGUCACAGCAGCAGCAGCAGCAACAACAACAGCAGGCGCAGGCUCAGGCGGUUGCACAGGUCAUGCAAAACCCACAGAUGAUGGCUCAGUACCCGCAGAUGUGGGCAAGGAUGGGUGUGCCGAUGGGUCAGAUACCAGGGCAGAUGCCCCAGUAUUGGGGAAUGCCUGCGGGCGCCGGGCGGGGAAUGCCUCAGCAGAUGCCUGGAAUGCAGGGGCACCCGCAGCAAAUGCAACCCGGGGCGGGUGCCAAGCCGGGUCAAGGUGGGCAGCAGGGAUCAUGAGUGUUGGCUCGUGGCGCGCAAGGAAGGGGGGUGUAUGUCUUAGCUGUACUUCUAUGGACGGUCUAGUUCGCUCGUGCGUGUCCAAUCACUGUCUGAUGCUCGUUCUGGAUCCAAG